UCGUUUUCCCACAGCCAGAAACGUGUCGACUUCUGCUUCGUCUCGCUGCCCCGCGGUUUCGGCGACGCCUGCGAGAGCCUUUCUCCGUCCUUCCCUUUCUCCUCCAUUUUCCCUCUUUUUUUCUUCUGUUUUUUUUUGUCUUUUCCAUUUUUGUUUCUGGCUCUUCCUCUUCCUCUCUCUCUCCCAGAUUCCGCAGAGUAACCUCUCCUCGCCGGAAAGUUUUAGCCCUGGCGGAUGCGCCACCUGAUGGCCUCGCCAUCGGUCUUUCUCUUGCUUCGGAGCGGCGACGAUUGGUGGGACGAGGUGAACAACUCCGUCUCGUGGCAGGAUCGGAUCUUCCACACCCUUGCCGUCCUCUACGGCCUCGUGUCCGCUGUCGCCCUCAUUCAAUUGGUUAGAAUUGAAUGUCGAGCAUCAGAGUUUGGUUGGACGACGCAGAAGGUCUUCCACUUAUUGAACUUCCUUGUGAAUGGGGUUAGGUCACUGAUUUUUGUUUUUCGUUGGAGAAUCGAUGAAAUACAGCCAGAGAUAAUUCAGCAUAUUAUUCUUGAUUUUCCUGGUCUUGCAUUUUUUACAACCUAUGCUUUGCUGGUGUUAUUUUGGGCAGAAAUCUAUUAUCAGGCACGUUCAGUAUCUACUGAUGGGCUUAAGCCAACCUUCUAUGCAAUUAAUGCAGUUAUCUAUGUUAUACAGAUCUCUCUAUGGUUUGUCAUGUGGUGGAAGCCAAUUGGUGCCAUGGUCAUUGUCUCCAAGAUAUUCUUGGCAGUUGUCUCAUUGCUUGCUGCUCUUGCCUUUCUUCUAUACGGAGGGAGGCUUUUCUUAAUGUUGAAACGCUUCCCUGUGGAGUCAAAAGGGCGUCAAAAGAAGUUGCAGGAGGUCGGCUAUGUUACAACUAUAUGUUUCCUCUGUUUCUUAUUAAGAUGCAUUAUGAUGUGCAUCAAUGCUUUUGAUAAAGCUGCAAACCUUGAUGUUCUAAACCACCCAAUUCUGAACUUUAUCUACUACAUGCUUGUUGAAGUCCUGCCAUCUUCCUUGGUACUUUUUAUCUUAAGGAAGUUACCUCCUAAACGCGGGCUAAAUCAAUACCACCCAAUCCACUAAGACUAGAAGAUGAUACUUCUGCAGCUGAUAACUAAGUGUUUCAUGCUGAAGAUCCCAGAGAGGAGUUAAACAGAACUGGCACCCUCAAGUUGUGCAAAUUUUCAAAGAGUUAAGUUUGUUUCUAUGAGGCUUCAGGCGGGUGGUCUUUUCAAGUCCUUGUAGCAAUUUAAACUAAACAAUUACCAUGUAGGUUAAUCCAAUAUACUCUGUUUCUUGUUUCCUCCAUUAUUUAUUCCAAAUCCAUUAAUACCGAUGCA